AUGGUGCUGCUGAGCCAGAGGCAGGUGUCUGGAAAACUGAAUGGUACGCCAUUGCGCAGAGUAGACAAGUUUAAAUACCUAGGACACUUUGUAACCUCUGACCUGAGGGACGAUGCAGACAUUGAGCGGGAGCGGAGAGCGCUGUCUGUAAGAGCUAAUAUGAUUGCCCGCAGCUUGUGGGUGCUCUGUAGUCAAAAGCAGUACAGCGCCUUACGCGUCCAAUACAACAAUGCGUUCAGGGUGUUGUUGGGGCUGCCUCGGUUCUGUAGCGCGUCGGGAAUGUUCGCCGAGGCACGAGUCGACUGUUUCUUUACGACCAUGCGGAAAAGAUGCACAUCCCUGAUUGGCCGGGUCCGG